CCCAUAAAAACCUGAAGCAUCCAGUGUUUUCUCAGUAGUCUCAGACCGAGUCACUGCCAGCGUCAGACAACCAGCAACUGGUGUUUGAGAGAGACGUCACAUAUCAGCAGCCAGAGUUUGGAGCCAGGGAAACUGACGAAGGAUGUUUGCCUCUGGAUGGCCAAUCACGCUUCUGCUGUUUUGCCUGUUCGACUCAGCUACCUCAUCUCCUGUUUCCACGUACACGCCCGCAUCGCCUCUUCGAUUGCAAAUUUCACCUCCCUCUCCCAUUCCGACAAUUAUCCCAUCUCUACAGUCUCCUUCUCUCAGUACCCCACCCCCCAUCCCUUCCUUCGACAGCCACUCUGCAGUGACGACAGAAGACAUACACUGCACUGUGACGAUAUCACCCUCCGCUCUGGUAGUCAGGUUUGGAGAUCCAGCAACAGCUACCUGCUCUGCACCAAAUGUGCAUGUUGAAUACCUGACAUGGGACAUUGGUGACCUUAUGAAUCCAUCCCCGGUUUUGAGUGUGAACAGCAUCACUAAGUGGGACAUCACACCUAUGUGCACUGGAAUGACAGCAAUAAACUCGUGCUCGCUUAGUCUCUCUGUGAUUGUCUACAAGCCUCCAGACAGUGUGUCCAUCACUUUUGCAAAUCACACUGGACCAAUGUUUGAGGGUCGUCAGUACACUCUGCAGUGUACGGUUCUGGAGGUUGCUCCUAUUGGAAACCUCAUUGUGACUUUCUACAGAGGACAGACAGAACUACAGAGACUACAGUCCAACAGCAAAACAAAGGAGCCAGUCAAUGAGACCUUCACCCUGGACAUCAAUCCUACUAAAGAAGAUGAUGGGGUCCAGUACUGGUGUGAAGCCAAGCUAGACCUGGGAGCUGAAGGACCACAGCCUCCUCCAGUGGUGACGUCACAAAACAUCACUGCAGUGGUUCUCUUUGGUCCACACCUCGUUUGUCCAGAAAAAAUGCAGGUGAUAGAGGGGGGCACCCUCAGCUGUGAGGUGAGGGGAAACCCUAAACCUACAAUAGUGACUUGGUUCAAAGACGGGCAGGUAGUGUCCCUGCCCACUCACUCAAGCAGAAAGCAUGCUGGGAAAUACACCGUCUCAGUAGAUGGACGGAAAAACCUUACAUUGGAGGUGGAGGUCCUCCCUGGCAGUGGAACUGCAAACUGCUGUAAUAGUCAUUUCCUGUUGGCUGUCGUGCUUAUUCAGAUAUUCAUUUGCUGUAAAUCCUAAAAGAACUGAACAUGAUUUGUUCUCUUGUUGCUGUUUGGAUGAACUGCUCCGCCUCCUGUGAGGAACGUUUGUCAGGAAAGACUUUUUGUUGCGUCUUUUUUCUUGUUUCCAAAACAGAUCAUUUUUGCAUAAUUUUCACUUUGUACAUUCUCAUUCAACAAAAUGCUGUCUCCAUCGAAUUUUUAUACACCGUUAUGUAACCAGGUGAGACCACGUGAAAUUACAAGAUCUUUUUCAUGGGAUGAUAAAGAAGCAGAUAAAGCUCAAUUUUAGAGAGCUUUCACCCAGGUACACUUUCUUAUACAAUUAAAAUUGUGUUUUCAUAUAAUCUACACAAAAGAGGUAAAAAAUGACACCUGAAAUGACUGAAAGCUGCUCUGGAAAGAAAUUCACCUUCUAAUCAUGUACAGUCCAAUAAUCUUCAUCCCUUCAUUGUCUUUUUUUUUUUAAAGAGAUAUUUCUAUGAACUUUUUGUACAACAAUCAAUUUCUGUGUUAAUGUUUAACUUUCUGUAAUGCGUGUAGAGUGUGGCGUCCACACGUUCAACAUUGCAAAACCCUACAAGUCUUGUUCCACUUUGGUUAAAUGCUGUCUCCUGUACACCAAAAUAAACUAUCAUGUGUCCAAAAGAGGAACUAUAUAAGCUUCAUCCUUCAAACUCCCUUGAAAUGUUUGUACAU